UGUUCCAUGGAUGCAUGAAUCGUGAACGAGGAGUUGUGCGUGCUGCGAGUAUAAUUGUAAAGUGUCAUUGGCAGCUGAGACGAGAGCGCGAAUUUCGAACAUGAGCCUCGGUACCGAGUGGAGUGAGUGAAACCAGCGCGAGAUUCUCGUGACCUGCAGGAGUCUCGCCAGAUUUUUGUAUGUGAUGUUCCCCUCGUCGGCAGCGAUGCUGAAGAACUUGCAACAGAGCGCCAUGACCACGUCGCCGUUUCUCAUGGAGAACCUGCUGCAGAGCAAAGGACCCGGCGGUGACUUUGCCAGUCUCACCCUGAACCUGGCGAGCUACGUCGCUCGGCAACGGGAGAGAAUGGAGUCCGAGAGCAUAAGGGUCGAGCGUGAGCAGCAGGACCUCGAGAGGAUCCACGGACGGAGUGCGGAGAGAUCAAACUUCGGGGAUUUCGAUCGCUGCAGGAUGGACAGAGUGGCCAGCGAGCGGGUUCAGGGUCUCAAGGACCUGCGGACUGACAGAUCCCAGGACCUCGACCAGGAGAGGAGGUCCAGCUCGGUAAUGGACACCGACAACGAGCACGGAGCCGACGGCGGUAUAGACAGGCUUAACAACGUGAUGGAAAGACUCGCCGAGAGGAUUGAGAACCGAUCCAACUCGGCAAUGGACUAUCACUCGAUGGAGGAGGACAGGGUCUCGGGUGACGCUGAGACUGGAUCUCAGGAACGUGACAGACUCUCGAUACAAAUGGACAGGGGAUUUGAUGUCGGUAGAAGCGUCAUGAGAACAUCGGACGAGAUGAGGAUGCACAUCGAACGCGAAGGCGAUAGGAUUGACAGGAUCAGUGAAGAAACUUGUACCUGUGGAGAUGAUCGCUGCACUGGAACCGGGUGCAGGAGGAUUCAGGAGAAGGAGAAACCUCAGCUGAAAUUCAGCGUCAACGCUAUCCUCGGCGGUAAUCACGAUCGGCGGCCCAAUCCUGAUACCUUCCAAGGUCUGCCGCCUGGAGCCAUUCCAGCUUUCCUUCACAAUCUCCAGAAUUCAGCGGGUUACAAUAUCGCCAAGCCGAUAGCCAGGCCCGCAGCUUAUCAUCCCCAUCAUACGGCUCACCCUGGCCAUCAUCCCGGCCAACAUCAGCUGCCACCGAACGCCCAUCACACCCUCCAUCAGCUGCUGGCUUGCAGAGGACCUUACCUCACCGUAGCGACCCCGGGAGCUGGAGGACAUCACCCUGGAGCUCCGGGUGGGGGUGGAGCUUUUCCAGGAGCGAUUCAAGGCAGCCUUGGGGGUCUGGCCAGCAUGGGUCUGGGGGGCCUGGCAGGAGGUUUUCCGUGGGCAAGUAGCGCGCGGGGAAAACCUCGUCGAGGAAUGAUGCGACGAGCGGUGUUUUCGGACCUGCAGCGACGAGGACUGGAGAAGAGGUUCCAGCUUCAGAAGUACAUCAGCAAACCGGACCGCAAGAAACUGGCGGAGAAGCUCGGCCUGAAGGAUUCGCAGGUGAAAAUAUGGUUCCAAAAUCGUCGCAUGAAGUGGAGGAACAGCAAGGAGCGAGAGUUGCUGGCCGCCGGAGGUUCGCGAGAACAAACUUUGCCGAACAAGAACAACCCCAAUCCGGACUUGAGCGAUGCUGAUGGAGACAGACCGAGACUUGAUCUGAGCGAUGCGAGUCCUUUGACCAGUCCGCAAAGGCCGGACGAGCAGACUGACAACGAGGACGAGGAGGAAAUCAAUGUCACGUGAUAAAAUGCGCAAGUUUUAUCACCUCGAAGGGGUUGCGAAAGAAUCGGUUGAAAUUUCCUUGUUGCAGGAGGAAGUUCCGCGAAAC